AUGGCGGGAGGAGUGGAGGCGGUGGCGGCGCGGGUUGUCGGGUAUGGCCUGAAGAGCGCGAGAGACGAGGGGCUUGACCAAGACGCAGAACAAGUGAGGGAAGUCUUCAGGAUCGCUGUCCGGAGGCUGGAUGAUUACACCUCCUCCUCCCUCCAUGCUACCAUCCUCGGACGAUUCCGAGCGUGCCUUCUUGGAUUCGUCUUGGGCGAUGCGAUAGCGGUAGCCAAGGAGGGCAGAGACAUCAAGGAUCUGAAGAGUUUGGAAGGCUCUCUUGGAAUGGGGGGGGAUACGAGUCACAAAGUGGUUGCCAGUAAGGCUGCUGUGGUGUCCGGAAUGUUCGAACUCCCUCUGGGUUCUUGGAGCGAGCGAACGGCCACGAUGCUGUGUGUUGCGGAGAGUAUAUGCCAUCUCAAAACUCAUGACAGCAACGACAUCAUGAUGAGACUCUUGCGGCUCUAUCGCGUCGGGGUCGGGUCAUGCCAGCCUGGUAGGUGCAUGCAAUUCGACAAGUUCAUGGUGAACAGCUUAGAGUCUUUCGAGCGACAACAAGGGCAGAAGCAAGCUAGGAUGAAUGCUGCAAACAACAGCAGCGCAGCAUUGUCUCGAGUGCUUCCCAUCGCCAUGUUCCUGUACUCACAUCCAGCUGUAGCUAUACAGACCGCCUCCGUCGACACGUCCUCUACACACGAAUCUCUCAGUUGUCGCGAUGCAUCGCGUUAUCUUGCUGCCUUGCUCGUGGGAAUUUUCUCGUUCCCUCUGGACUACAAGCUUGAAGAAAUCAAGGAAACAGUAUUCUCGAAGCGCUUCUGCCCUGCCGGCCAUUCGUGGUCAUCGAAACCUCUCUCGAGCGAAGUCCGAGACCUUGCAGAUGGUCGUUUUGAUGUGGAGAAAUGCCCUGCGAACUUGAAAGAUGCCGCACCAGACGUCUUGUGUCAAGCUAUGUGGGCCCUCAAACACUCGCAAGAUUUUGUGUCCGGGAUCGAUCUGUUGCUCAAAGAAAAAGCAGAUCGGGCAGUACUUUCAACCUACGGCUGUUUAGCAGGAAGUCUUUAUGGUGAAGGACAGCUGCCUGAAACCUGGAUUUCUUUGCUGCACAAGGGUGAGAGCAUUGGAUCUCUCGCUGAGAAGAUCCAUGAAAUCGCCGAGAACGUACAGGUCGAAGUGCAAGGAAGAACAGCAGGAUCGAAUGAGUGA